AUGAAUAUCGGCAGUAAAAUAUACCUAAAAGACAUUGAACAUAUCACUGAUGAUUCACAUCUCAAAGUACGGGUGUUAAAGAUUUGGAAUUUUAUAAAAAAUAACCAAGUUUUAUCAAUUGAAAUGAUCAUCAUGGACGAGGAGGCUACCAAAUACCAAUCACGUGUGUUCAGCCAAAAUUUUUCCAGAUUUCGUGACCUUAUAAAGGAAGGUGAAAGUUAUAUCAUUUUAAAACCAAACAUGGCGGCUGUUAAAAAUGGUUUUAGUGUUACCGGUCAGAGACAGACAAUAACUUUGGAUUGUAAAAGUAUUGUAAAAAAAUGUGAUGAUUUUUCGGGUCCAGUUAAUGGUUUUGUGUUUGCUGAUUUUAACUCUAUCAUCGAACAGAAAUGCACAAGAGACUCAUUCUUUGAUGUUAUUGGGCAAAUUGUCUCAUUUAGGUCUCUUGAGACAACCAAUCCUAACCCAUCAAGACGUUACAUAAAGAUGACUAUUACCAACUUACAGUCUGUACACCUCAAUGUCACUAUAUUUGGAAGAAUUGGUCAAGCUCAAAGUCACUUCGAUGUAACGAAGAUGUUCAUUAAUUCUGACAUCGUGGAAAUUAAUCACUUUAAGAAAGAGUUGAAAGCAGAUAACAAUGGUGGUAUGUUGGAAAAAAGCAUAACUACACUUCCAAGCUACUCUUCUUCUUAUAUGGAUGAUUUCAAAGGGAAUUUCCCUUUAAAAACUGUUUGUGAAAUCACAGAACCACUAAAGGAAAUGAAAUUUCUAUUAGUUGGUUCAAUUGUGAAUAUAAGACAAAAUCUACCUUGGUAUUACGAAGCGUGUUACAAAUGUGGAAGCAGGGUAAACAAUGUGCCCAAAACCAAUCUUUCCUAUACCGCCCCCGACAAGAUGGAAGAUAGUGUUGUUAUUAAGUGUAAAAAUGCAGCUUGCAACGAUUCGAAUUUUCAUACUGUUAUCAAGUAUAUAAUUCCAAUCAAUGUACAAGAUCAUACUGGCACCAUUGGACUAACUCUUUUUGAUAGAGAAGCAAAAAGGCUGUUGGAUAUAAGUGCAUUCGAGUUGAAAAAAAUACAUGAAGCGGCCGGUGACAGUUUGCACCUAUUUCCAAAUCAAAUAAACGAUUUGAAAAACAGGAAGUUUGCCUUUCUUGUGGAUAUUACAUCAUACAAUGUGAUCAACUAUAACAAUAUCUACACCGUUGUCAAACUUACAAAGAUGUCUCCAUUGUUUCGGACUUGGAAAAGUGUUCAAUCAGUCUCCUUAAAUGAAGUACCACUGCAAUCAGAUGAUGUUGUUCAAACUGUUGAAAAGGAUGUCAUAUCACAAACAGAUGAGAGUUUUACUCCCGCAACAGUUGAUAAAUCAUCGGCAACAAGUCCAAUGAAAAUAUCAACUGAUUUGAAGCGCAGCCUCCAUGACAUUUAUGAUGUUGAUAGUGGAAUUGAUUUCAGUUCAACUAAAUCCAAAAGAAAAUCAAUGGGAGAUGGAAAUCCACUUUUAGUUCCAAAAGUGGAAAAGUGA